UGCAGUUUGUUGAUCACUGUUGUUUUUCCAAGGAUAUAAGCUUGCCUUGCGUAUCACAGGCAUUAAUUAUCACUGGCGUGCCGCUCCAUCAUACGUCAACGACGACAACCUGCUUGUUGUUUUAUCUACAAAACAGGGUCCGUUCAUUCAGCGUCGUGAAGAGUGACAACGAUCCAGUACACGACAAUUUCAAUUUGUGCUGUUUUAGUUAGUCUGGUAAUCCAUAUCCCGUAUAUGUCUGUGCAAAACGUCUGCUGAAUUUUCUCGGUUGCGUACAACUUACCAACGCACAGAACCUAUCCAGCAAAUAACAGUGCAAAACAACAUCAGCUCGACCUUCUAGUCUGCCGCCGACUUCGUCUGUCUCUCUGUCUGUCCGUCCGUCUGCCUGGUAAUCGUCACAAACGAGUGUAAACUACGACGACGAAGAACUUCACAGCUGUGACGAUAAUUAAGCUAGCAUUAGCGCAACAUUAUAAAGGAUAGGGUCAGUUAACGAGCGAGUUCUCUGUUAUCGUGAGCGUGUGGCUGUCUGUGUGUGUGUGUGUGUGUGCGUGUGUGUGUGUGUGUGUGUGUGUGUGUGUGUGUGUGCGCGUGUCAGUAGUGUAUAGGCGAAAGUGAGUGUGCGACCGGCUGUGUCUUUGCGAGGUCAGGUCCCGUAUCUCGGGCGCAAAGGUGAAUUAAAAGUGUUCGUGCCGCAGUGCUGGGGGUGCUAAUGGACCCUGUGGUGUUCGUUAGAAGGCUGAGGACGCCGUGAUGGCGGUGUGAGGCACGCAGGGAAACAGGAACGGCCCGCGGCCAAAGGCCAACGGUGCCGUAAUCGAGGCUGCGUUGGCUGUCCGGGCGCUUCCAACUGGAAGUCACGGCUGGGCCGGGACAAAUGUACUGUGGCUGACGCCUACGUACUACUCUGUAAUGGUGACUAGUGCGUAGGCACAACUAUCGCAAGCGUUACUAGUUUGCGCUGAAAACUGGAACCGAAGUUUUCUAGAUUCCUAAAAAAGGUCUCCACCGGAAUUUUCCGGCGGGAUCGCCUGCGUCUGUAUAAUCUUUUCACUUGUGGAGUUCUUACACAUGCGAGGUGUCUCUCUAGUCUAUCUACGAUUAGCAGUUGUUUCGGCGUUUGAUUCUGGCCAUAGUGAAUGAUUGUUGUUGGGUUCGUUACCGUAAACGUCAAACAAAAGCGAGCACUCUAGUUGUUGUCGUCCAGAGUAAACGCAGCAUUCGUUAGAGGAGUAUAUCGCUGGAGCAUUUGUCAUGGAAGACGAGCAGAAGCAACUGCCCCCGGGGUUAACUGGUGGCCAAGAAGAGUGCGCACAGAGUCGGCCUCAGUAUUCGAUACCGGGCAUUUUGCACUUCAUACAACAUGAAUGGGGACGAUUUGAACUCGAGCGCGCGCAGUGGGAAGUUGAACGGACCGAACUUCAGACACGCAUCGCGUUUCUUCAGGGGGAACGUAAAGGGCAGGAGUGUCUCAAAAAUGACCUCGUGCGGAGGAUAAAAAUGCUGGAGUACGCCCUUCGACAGGAACGGGCGCGAGUCGAAAAACUUCGGCAAGGAGGUGGCGCCGGAAACGACCCAGUUGACGAGGAAAAGCCACCGCAGUUUGAUAUUGAUGAUUCGGCAACGGAAUUGUUCGGAAGUAGCGGAGGAACUGGCCCGGGGCCACAGCUCACGUGGAAACAGGGCCGUGAACUUCUUCGUCAGUACCUUCAAGAAAUUGGCUUUACGGACACGAUGCUCGAUGUUCGAAGCGCCCGUGUGCAAACACUACUUGGUCUACAGAGCUCAAACUCAACUGGCGAAGGAGGUACAACAGCCGCCGGCGCAGGAGCAGUCAAUGGGGGUGCCGGAGCAGCUGGAACCGGAGCAAUGAAUACGCAGCGGCGUGCUGCGGGGGGGGUCCGCAAGGACGUCAAGGUGAACGUGCUACGAGAUGCUGAAGCGUCGGUGCUCGCCACCUUUGACUUCCUUGCUGCCGAAGGUACUCCUGGUUCUGACGGAGCAGAUGACGAUGAGGAUGAUGACGUCGUGAUGGGUGCUCCCAGCGUAGACGAAAUGCGCCCACCCUGUACACAAGACCCGGAAGGAACCCUAGGCCUGGGUGAACUGGCAGGACUGACCGUAAAUAACGAAUUCGAGCCCCAGUCUAAGGACCUUCCCAAGAAAUGGAAUGCUAAAUACACGUUACGGAGCCAUUUUGAUGGCGUUCGAACACUAGCGUUCCACCCUAUCGAGCCGGUUUUAUUGACAGGCUCCGAGGACCACACGCUCAAGCUAUGGAAUCUGCAAAAAACAGUCCCAGCCAAAAAAACAGCCGCUCUUGACGUGGAACCACUAUACACGUUCCGUGGCCAUACCGGCCCAGUUCUGUCACUCGUAAUGGGGCCUCUGGGCGACCGAUGCUUUUCGGGUUCGCUUGACUCGACCGUUCGCGUCUGGAAUUUGCCGAACUGUAACGUCGAUCCAUAUGACGCGUAUGACCCGAACGUUCUUGCACACACGCUAGCAGGUCAUACGGACGCUGUUUGGGGUCUGGCAGUACAAGGCGCUGCUGGCAGUGCGAAGCAACCUCAGCUGUUGUCGUGCUCAGCCGAUAGUACAGUUCGACUUUGGAGCAUAGGUGAUAUGAUUGCGCCGUUGGAGACAUUCACGUUCGAAUCAGCCAUACCAACAUCUGUCGACUUUGUCCGAUCGGGUGCCGGCCAGCAGGCUGUUAUAGGAUAUAUGAACGCUGACCUUAUGGCGAUCGAUCUUGAAACGGGCAAGCCAGUAACUCGCUUUGAAACCGCCGGUUGUAGUCAAAUCAAUCGGGUAGUCUCGCAUCCGACUUUAGGUAUUACGGUCACUGGACACGAAGAUCGCUGCAUUCGAUUCUUCGAUGAUGCCACAGGCAAGCUUAUCCAUUCGAUGGUCGCUCAUCUUGAUGCAGUCACGUCUAUAUCAAUUGACCCCAAUGGGCUGUACCUGCUAUCGGCGAGUCAUGACUGUUCUAUUCGUUUGUGGCAUCUCGACAACAAGACGUGCGUACAGGAGGUAACGAGUCACCGCAAGAAAUUCGACGAGGCUGUUAACGACGUCGCAUUCCAUCCAAGCAAAGCUUACAUCGCUUCUGCUGGAGCUGACUCCAUCGUAAAGGUGUUCGUCUAGGAGUUGCUACCGGAAGGGAAACUGCGUCCGUCAACGAUCCUAUAAUGCCAUUAAUAACAAAUGAUAUAGGAGAAAGAUGAGAUUAACAGAGGCAAUUAUAGAUUCUAUAGAAUUCCAAAUUACUUUUCCAUAUAUAGCGAAUGCGCACGAUCGGAUAAUCAGGUGUGUGGAAGUUCUUCGUCUGGUCAGAAAUGUAUGACAAAAGUACGCCUCGGCCUGAGACAAAAACUAGAAUUGACUAGCCCUCUCCUUGUGCCCCGCUCCCAUAGCCACUGCUCUGAACAGGAACACGCCAGCUACGCAAAAGAGAUAGGAUGAAAGAUUUAGCAAGUUAUUGUUAGUAGCUUGGAGAACCAACCCAAGUGUCUACAAUCGUGAAUAAAACAACUUCCGUCUCUCGAGCAAAAAAGUAAAAGGAUUUGAGGAGCGCACUACCUGUACAGCUGGUGCCGCAGCCUUGUCCUACGCAACGUUACUAGCGCGGAGUAGACGACAAUCGUCGUCGAUAUUUACCUGCUUCCGUUUUUAACUAACAAACAACAAAUUUUGAAACAAACAUUAAAAACAUACCUAAAUCUACAAAAUAAACCUCCCUAAAUGCCCCAUAUAUACGUAGGCAUACAAACAUGUCACAAAAGGGCUCUGGGCAGGUGGCAAGGACAGCGAGCAGAAUAGUUACGAAUGGUAGCCUUAUAAAUAACAAUAAUAACAACAACAACAAUAAUAAGAACAAUAUAAACCAAGAAGUCAAUGACUCGUUUGUAGCAGUCAUAUCGAUAGUGGGUGACGACUACAAAAUAUAUAUAUAUAUAUAUAUAUAUAUAGGUAAGGAAGUGAAAGACGAGAAAGCGAAAACACGUAAGUUUAAUGACGAUACACACAACAAGAAAUAGAUAAAAAGAAAGAAAUAAUAAUGAUAUUAAUAAUAAGACUAAAAAUAAGAAGAUCCCUGUGAAGUAACGAGUUGUGUGUGUGUGUGUGUGUUGUAUGUAAAGUAUUCGCGCACAGUAUUGUCGCAAGAUAUGAUAUGUGAGGGGGGUAGGUGGCAGAUAAAAGAAACAUGAUGAAGGGACGAUAUCUGUGCGUGGAGAGGGCUUUGGUAGGAAGAUGGCAAAUGGUCUAUGAGAAGCAAUUGUGUCUGAUAAGCUAAUGUAGCGGUGCUGAAGGUUGAAAAAGCAAUAUCCUGAUAGCUCAUGUGUGGUUGGCGGUACCGCAGAUAUCCGCAAUACGGAAGCACCGGGGAGGUCGCAGACCAAUCGCGUAAGCCAGCCCUAAGAUUGGCUGAGGAAUAUGUAUCGGGUCGUGAGGUACCCAGACGGCGACUGGAAAUAGCCGGGUCUCUCAUGCACUAGUGGUAUCAAUGCACGUAUGAUUCACUUUUUAGGCAGAAAUACACGGCAUCAAAUAGGCAGAAAAAUUAACAUGCAACAAUAUAAACAAUAAUAAAGAUGUAAGCAAAAGUCAGCAACAAACAUGGACAUGGAUUGUAGAUUAAUAUACAGACGAAUAUAGACGAUAAUAAUUAGCACAGAAAACAACGGUACAUUACAGGCAAGGAGCGGGCAGAGCAUUAUUACAAUUAUUGCUACAAAUAUUACAAUCUCUAGGAUUAUUUAUGACAGAUAAACCAGCUAUAAUACAAUAUAACGAACAUUUUUUUUCUACUUAUAUAUCAUGUAGAAAACCGUAGCAGACGACAGAACGAGAGAAGAAGAGAAAUUAUAAACAACAGCAAAUGAAGAAUUUACAAAGCAGACCAAAAAAAUGAAAAGCCAAGUUUUCGCGCGGAGGUGUGAUAAUAGAGACGGAAUUGAUGAUGGCAGUAGAUAACAAAAGCGGGUUCAGCGGUCGUAAAAAACGAUAUGUGUGCGCAGUUGUAAGUAAGCACCCGUAUCGCAUGAAUAAUGCUCUUUGUAUAUGCGUCCGUAAAUAUAUGGGCUAUUAUCUGAUAUCUGGCUCUUGACAUAGAAAAAAAACACAGACACGCCGCACGCGGCUGAUGGGCCGGCCGAUCCGUCGAUUGAUAAUCGUUGAUAACUGACGAACCAAGCUGCUAAUGAGUGUAACUGAUCCAUGAGAUCUAUUGGGAACAAUAGAGAAGACGGUAAGCAUGGCGGCUGCUUGAAUGACUUCUGGCGUGUGUCGUUUUCAGCUCGAAAACAGGUCUAGCAGGUUAAGGAAUAAACGGAUGGUUGAUGGAAAUAAUAAACAAAAAAAAAACUUAUAGAUAGGAAAAACAAUACAAAAACGGUUUAUAAAUUAUAGAAGUUCAUAUAAGCAGACAAAAAAAGCAAACAAAACUGUACCUGUUGACAUCCUGCGGCUCGCUUCAAUGCGCCUUUUAAGCCCCACGGCAUUUUAAACCACUUCGUUCGGGGAUGAGGGCUUGUCAAAACGUCAGCCAGUUAUCCCACAUUGUCGUUACUAAUCAUUUGAACAAAAUAGAUAUUUGCAGCGCCUCAGAUAAGUGCGUAACUGUGUAAACAGAGUUAAGGAAUGUAGACGAUACAUUAUUAUGCAAUAAUUUAUGAAGGACACUUGAUUAGACUCAUAUUACUCUCCCACUAACAUUGUUGCUUUCAUGUCACCUUAUUUUAGAUAGGAAGAUAUGCUUCACUGUGUUUUUACUGGCAACGAAGACGACAACUGCAAUUUGUAUUCUUACAAUAUAUAAUACCUGAGCAAGAUGAAUAUCUCGUUAAGGAUAAUGAACUCAUUUGCCUACCAUGAAACCUCAUUAGUACUUUCAAUACUGUCAAUUUUGUUAUUAUUAACUUAUCCCUUUUGACAACAAUUCCGGUGAAAAGGACAGAUGCACGAAGUGCGUCGCCUUGUCAAUCAUACUCACCUUGCCAAUGUCGUGUGCGUAGUUUUGUAGCUGAAGGGGCUGUUAUGGGGGGGUCACAUGUCGAACAUGUUGUCUCCUGAGGAGACGAACCAAUUCUUUUUUUAAACCGAACAGAGCGUAGCGGCACCCAACUCAGCAAUCGUUGCAAACGUUGAUAGACAGAAAAGUAAACACAGAAAAGCUACAAAACGACAUGCGUUCGAAAGUACGCGUACACGUGGCUCAGACGAGCAAUCAUGUAAAAAAACCAAGUGAUAGAGUGAAAAUAAUUCAGAGAACAUUUGUACAGCGUGAUAACAACACGCAUUAAGAUAAGCCAUAAUUUUCAAAAUUGAAGUUACAGCGCUCGAUCGUUAUUUAGGCAUAUUAGCUCACAGACAGCAGAAACCAAUAAAAGCAGAUAACAUUACAUUGGGUUAGUCAAAAAGCGACAUGUUUGCGGGCCUGUAAGUUUAAAGCGCGACACUUUUGGCGGGAAAAUUAAACGCCGUUUGUUCUAUUACGUCUGAAACAAUGUUGAACGGCCGUAGAAGGCGGAACAUAAACUUCUCCGAAAAACAAUGAAAAGGAGAAGUACCUCAUUGGAAUGACUUUGAGGGGAACAGAGGGCUAGUCAUUACGAAACGGAAUACAGUAUCUGAGAAGUUUCUCGUAAUGUGGCAGAUAAUUAUUAGACAUGAUAUGAGACGACACAAGUGGAGGAAGCCGUAUUUCAGAGAGUAGUCACAACGCCACAAGUGGACCUGACAAUAUAACGACACUGUUGUUUCCUUUCCAGCGGGCAGGUUAUCAAGACCCGUAAUGAAGUUAAUGAUUUAUAAAUUAAAACUGGUUCACUAGAGCUGCAUAAAUUGGAUAGAAAUAUAUGCCGCCACUUGUCUGACUCAUCCAACGAAACAUUGGCUUGAAGUUAAGCCAUUGGGUGAAGGCGUUAGUAGCAGCCCGUUUAGGCGUUACUUGUAUAAACUAAAUUUUUAAAGUAUAUGAAGCUUGUUAUAAAGAAACGUUUUAUGGUGUAGCCUUGUUUGAUUGUUUCUUUCCACAAAAACACCAGCUCGUCCCCUAAACAAGGAGCCCUCAGAAACAUACCCUGCAGGUGUAUAUUCUCGGACGUGAAUUUUAGUCACUCUUUUUCGGGCAUCUAUGCUUGUUCCCCGCAACCCAUAUAACUGAGUAAACCAAAUCAUCGUUUACUUGUCGAAAUAUACCGAUGUCAAACAUCGCGGCUAAACUAGAAAAAGAAGGCAGAAAUGUAGUACCACAAAAAUAUAGCUAUAGCAUAUAUAAUGCAUACAAAUACCUACGCGCGCAAAGCAACAACAAUAGAAUAUGACGGACAAGAGGUCGCGUUCAUUCACAACGAGAGAAAAAUCCCAGCCUCGGUAAACUGCUGCUACGAAAAGCAAACAUUUGUAUCAGGAGAAAGAUAAUAAUGCUCUGCUUGCUAUCACUAUCUAUACGGACGACAAUGAUAAUAAUCAUAGUAAUUAUUAUUACCAUUACCAUGAAUGUAGAAGGAAGGACGAUAUGUAACGCAACUCACGUACGAAACAAGGGAAAAAUAGGAGACUAAAUGGGGAGAUGAGAAAUUAUAAUAAUAUUCUUACGGAAAACGGAAAGGCCGACUAAACAUUAUAUAUAUAUAUAUAUAUAUAUAUAUAUAUAUAUAUAUAUAAUAAGAGCGAAAAUAACCGUGACAAUUGAAAGAGCGAGAAUGCGCGUACUAAGGUUAUAUUAUCAUUAUUAUUAUUAUUGCUUAGAGGAACGCUGGGAACUUAAAAGGAGCUGACCGAAUCGGGUGACAGAUAAUAUCUUAGAAGUAAUAAUAAUAAUAAUGAUGAUAACAUGAAUAGGGAAAUUAUAUAUAUAAUGAGACAAAGGCGGGAAUAACGACGUAAUAGGCGAGCGAUAUAAGAGCAUAGAUAACUACGAUUACCUAAUAUGAUAAUUAUACAAUGAUGAUGAAUAUAACAAGGGUAAAAUAACAACUACGUAGAAGACGAUACGAUAAAUUGGAAUGAUCCCUUGCGGAACCGUAGAAACUACAGCCACCGCCAACACUAACUUAUAUAUAUAUAUACAUAGAGAGAGAAAGAGAGAAAGAAAGAGAGGGGGAGGGAGGGAGGGAGGGAACGAGAAUAAAAGAGGAAGAAAAGACUGAGAAAAAGUGAACGAACGAAAGGAGUUUAGAAAAAAGCGGCGGUGAUAUGGAACAGUGCGUAGCAUGCAGUUUCAGGUAUAAUUAUUAAUAAUAAUAAUAAUAAAAUAUAAAAACCUAUAAAGAGAAGCAAAAAAAGAUAAGGAGAAGAAGCGACUUACUCAAUUUGUAGACGUGCGCAAAAAUCGACGACGGCAAUAACAUCAACAACUUUUAUGUUUGGCACAAUGUAAUUCAAUGAAAUACGACUAGCUAGAGAGAGUAGAUUAAUCAAGAGACGGCGGUGAUGUUUUGAAACUGAUGGCAAACAAAAUAAAGAAACGGAAUAAUACAGAAAGAUUGCAGAUGAUCCUUUUAGAUGAAUUACUCAUUUGCUCUAUUGGCGCUGCAUUAUUUUUCCUGUCUCAUCUACUAUAGAGUUGUUCAGUCGUCAAGUAAAUCAUAGGUCUGCAUCUAGUUUCUCUUCCAUUAAUCGUCUUCGAAACGCACGAAAAUACACCGAGCCAAAUUGGCACAGAUGAUUUUUGUCGUUAAGUCUACAGGAAAGCACUCAAACUCACGUAUUUAGUGUGUUUUCAUAGGGGUAUUUAUAACUGGUGGUAAGUUUGAGGUUCGUCGUAUUACGACAGUCGUUGUUGCAGUUCUGAAGAAUUUCUCUUUGACGGUCACCAUCGGUUAGAACCUCUGGUUCGUAUCAGAUAAUGCAAGAUACAUUCGUCAAGUAUAUAUAGCCAACGAAAAACCGUAACUAAAGAGUAAACAUGAUACCUGUUUACAACAACAAUAGUGACCAUCGUAAUUAAAGCAGUAUGACUCACUCAAUUAUGUGUUUAUUUAAGGACGAUAUAGAAUUAUGUGAUGACGAUGCUCUGAUACGUUGAGGAGAGUCCACAAAACUGACGACAAAAAAAAAACCGUAAAAAAAUCACCUGUAAAACGCAGCGACACCGUUUUAUAACGGAACUGUGUCCUUAGCUACCUAUCAUUCACCUGAUACCACUACAGUUUUAAUUAUUAUUAACUGUUCAUACAAAAUCUAAGGAGAGAUGAAUGAAAUUUACUACAUACACACAUAUACCCACAUGAAAAAUGAGUGCGAUAGGGUAAGAAGGGCGAAGACGGUAUGAUUAAAAAAAUACGCUAAAUAUGGGGACGACAUAAAUUGGAGGGGCUAAGACCGAUGCAUAACUGAAUUACUGUAAUUAUUGUAAUGAUGCUGAUGCUGGAAUUGAAGAUACGAAAUAAAUGCGCAUUAAGGUUUGAAGAAAAUUAA